AUGCCUGAGAAGAUUAAUUACUCCGCAUACAUGGCGAUAAAGCCCCAUUUUGAUAUGUUGGCGAGAUUGGGGUACUGUAAAGUUAUAAAGAAGGAUUUGUCUCCUCUCAAAAGGAGGCUUCACAAAUGCUAUAGAAUUGUAGUCUGGUUAUUUGUCUUUGUUUACAAUUUGCAGCACAUCCUUCGCAUUGUUCAGAUGCGUCAUAGCACCGAACAAGUGGUAAACACAUUAUUCAUCCUACUGACGACUCUUAACACCUUAGCGAAGCACUUAACUUUCAACAUAAAAAGUCAGCGCGUUGACAAUAUCAUCGACGUGAUAAAUGGACCUCUUUUUGCUCCAACCGAGAUUUAUCACGUGGAGAAGAUGAAAGAAAAUGCUUUAACUAUGUUUAGGAUACUGAAACUGUAUCUCUCUGGAGUUGUGGUCUGUGCAUUGUUGUGGGUAAUAUUUCCAGUUGUAAACAGGGCUAUGGGUGAAGAAGUGCACUUUACUGGUUACAUACCUUUUGAUACUAGCCAAUCACCUACAUUUGAACUCUGUGUUGCUUACAUGAACGCAGUAGUUGGUUUCCAAGGACUGGGAAAUGUAACUAUGGACUGUACAAUAGUAGCUUGUUACGCACAAGCAAUGGUACAAUUUCAGAUAUUGAAAUAUAAUCUUGAGCUUAGACAUUUAAUUAAACCAAGUGAUAUUGAAGACAGCGCCUUGAACGGAAAAAGAUUACUGUUUAUAGAUGAAAAUAUUGCUGUAAGGGAAAACAUUAAAAGGCGUUUAAUUCGUAACGUCUUGCAUCAGCAGAAAAUUAAUUGGUUUGUCAAAGAAAUCGAGUAUAUAUUUGUCCAGGCCAUGUUGUUUCAGUUUUUUGUAGUGUCGUGGGUUAUUUGUAUGACAGUAUACAAAAUCGUUGGCCUCAGUUUGCUUUCAGCCGAAUUCGUCUCUAUGGCCAUGUAUUUAUGUUGUAUGUUAGCUCAGUUUUUCAUUUAUUGCUACUACGGAACUCAAGUGAUGUAUCAGAGUGAGUUCCUCAAUCAGUCGAUUUAUUGCAGCAGUUGGUUAUCCCUAUCACCAAAGUUCCGAAAGCAUAUCCUAGUUAUGAUGGAGAACUGUAAGCAGCCUGUGAUACCGCGCACUGCUUAUAUUCUCCCGAUAUCUUUGCAGUCUUACAUAGCGGUAUUGCGAGCGUCUUAUACGCUUUUCACGUUUCUCGACCGCAAAUAG